GCGGAAGGCCAGAACCGAAUAUGUCGGUCCAGCGGUACAGGGAUCUUCUCUGGGUCAUCGUGGUCCUUUGGGUCGCCGGGCACUGCAUGGAGCCCGAGUGCCUGCAACCCCUGGAAGUAGGCUCGUGUGCCAUGCUGCGCGGCCGCUUCUUCUACAACGCCAGCGCGGCCCAGUGCCACGAGUUCGUGUGGAGAGGCUGCACCGAGAACGCCAACAACUUCGAGAACCGAGAGGACUGCGAGAAGGAGUGCCUGCAACAGGAAAAGCCCCUGCCGAGGCCGAAAGACGGUCCGGGCCGGCGCAGCGCCGUCUGCUACCGGCGGCCCCGGCGCGGCAACUGCAAGGCCAUUCACCGGCGCUGGUUCUUCAACUACCGGACGCUUAUGUGCGACCGCUUCCUUUGGGGCGGCUGCGACACCAACGGCAACAACUUCAACACCAGGCGGGACUGCAGGCUCGCCUGCACGCCAACCGCUGUCAUCCAGAACGGUACCUAUAGCUAA